UUCUAACCUAGCUACUUUGAAAAAGCGACGGUAUAGCCAACUCGAAAUAUUCAUUGAAAGUAGACAGAUCAAGACGGUCGCAAUCAAUAACAAGGUUACAAUAGAGCAUGAUGGAGAUGGACAGGAACGAUAUAACCCGAAAGAAAGAGUCGCCAUUCCUACUAAAGCUAUUCUACCGCACUGGAGCUUUUCAUAGACCAGAUGAGUUUUCACACCACACACUACCGCCACACAUCGACAUACACACAUGGCCGACGGCCACCCUCGCCGAGCUCUCCUAUCACAUUGCCAACCACAGCCACGAAAGGCAGAGCCUCCUCCCCGAACCAGCCGUCGGCACGCGCAUCGCGUUCCGGCUCGUAUAUCGCGAUCCAAAUAGCCGGACGCCACACCAGUUCGUCGUCAAGGACCUCGGCAGCCUGGUGCUAGGCGGCGAAGACGUGAGUGAUUUACACGAUGCAGAUGACGAGAAUAUCGACCAUGAUCUAGCAUUACCAGAAUCGCCCGACUCACACAAGACGCUGAGCGACGCCAAGUUCAUCGUCGGAGACUACCUGAGCUGUGCGAUACUGCCACCUCUGGAGGACGGUUCUGUCGCGCCUGCGGACAGCGCCCGGUCGGGUCGGGGCAGCGGCGUCGGCGAGGCGAGGUGGGAUGAUGAUCCCGUGCCGCCAAGGGGCAGCAGAGGUUACGGUAUGCAGAACCCGCGCGGCGGUGGAGGUGGCGAUAGGUACGGUGGCGUCGGAUGGUCGGGCAGAGGAGGUAGGUCUAGAGGAGGUCCCGGUGGCGGCGGGUUAAUUCCCAUGGGCGAGUGGCGGCGCGGUGAGAAGCUUCCAGAGGUACCUAGUGCUGCGAGGAGUCGGGGUGGAUGGUCGAGGGAUCGCGGGAGAUACCCCUGAGACUUGGUUGUUUAGUAUUCAGUCAUAGUUGUGGUUGCGACUGUUUCUGGUUUGCCUUAUUAAUGAUACC